AUUAUACUCCGUAACUUAUUUUUUUAAAAGAUGCAAAAAGGCCCAUUAAAAUAAAAAUCAAGAGAUGCUUGGUAUUUUGUUAAUAACGUAGGGGGUGCUCCUAGCACAUUCGGGGUGGCGUGAGCAAUUGACCAAGGACAAAUUUGUCGGGUGCGCGGAGCAAUUUUGGAGGCGUGCGGAGCAGAGACGUUGUUUUUUCACCUGCGGGGCAUUGGUCCCACUGCCGUCUCUAAUUGCGCAAGUUGGCUACCAUUCGUCCACUUUUACUGUGAUAUUAAUUUUUGACUUUGAUCCAAUUUAUGAAACAGGGUCACCUAACCACGGAUAUUCAUCUCAACUAACUUUGUAGGCUCCAGCUCCAAUUCAGGUCUGCCGAAUCAUUCUUCCCUGCAGUUCUUCAUUCCUUACAAACAUUAAAUUCAUUAAGAAACUAGAACUACAGUUUUUUUUUUUACUGCAAACAUUAUAUAUACCCGAUAUAACGCUUCUGCAUUAUUGGUGAUCGCGAAGCUAAAGGACAACCAAUAAUGGAGCGGCGUAGCCCAGUGGCGCCCCACCUUGAGCCGUGGCGGAGCCUUGGCGAGAAGGUGGUGAUGGUCACUGGAGCGUCGUCGGGGUUGGGCCGAGAGAUCUGCCUCGACUUGGCCAAAUCCGGCUGCAGAAUCGUCGCCGCAGCUCGCCGGAUCGACCGGCUUGAAUCCCUCUGCGUUGAGAUUAACGGGAGCGGUUCCGGGGAUCCGAGCUCCGGUCGUCCGCCCCGGGCGGUGGCUGUCCAGCUUGACGUGACCGCAAAUGGGCCCGCCAUCGAGGCCGCCGUGCAGAAGGCUUGGGAUGCGUUUGGCCGUAUCGAUGCCCUGGUUAACAACGCCGGCGUCAGAGGAAGGGUACACAGUCCAUUGGAUUUAACAGAAGAAGAGUGGGAUAGCAUCAUGAGACCAAACUUAGUGGGUACAUGGCUCGUGUCAAAAUAUGUUUGCUUGCAAAUGUGCAAUGCAAAGCAAGGAGGAUCUGUCAUUAAUAUCUCUUCAAUUGCUGGUCUUGAUCGUGGGCAGUUACCUGGAGGUCUUGCCUAUGUUUGUUCAAAAGUUGCUGUCAAUUCAUUGACGAAGGUAAUGGCCAUUGAAUUGGGAGCCCAUGGAAUAAGAGUAAACUCAAUAUCCCCUGGACUAUUCAAAUCUGAGAUAACGGAGAACCUCAUGCAACGAGAUUGGCUUAAGAAUGUUGCUCUGAGGACUGUACCUUUGAGAACAUUUGGCACAUCAAACCCAGCAGUAACAUCUGUGGUACGAUACCUAAUCCAUGACUCCUCCGAAUAUGUAUCAGGUAACCUUUACAUCGUUGAUGCUGGAAAUACCUUGCCCGGGGUCCCGAUUUUCUCCUCUCUUUGAAGCAAAGGCCAAAGAGUGAAACCUAGUGCACUAUGAUCCUUUUUCUUCUCCAUUACUAUUGAGGUCACGAGUGUAAUUGUUAAAUUUAAACAUGUGUUGUGCAUAAAACAUCAUUAAUCACUGGCACGAGACCGCCAGUCUCGAAACCAGUCACGAAUAGCAAUAUGUUUUUCAUUUUUUAAUCAGGUUUUUAUACAUACAAUAUCAAACUAACUUUCUUUUGUGUUCUUAAUGGUGAUAUUAAUAUUACAUGACACUGAUGUUUGGAGGCAAA